GCCCUGAAGCUCAACACCCUACCUGCGCGUCACGCCGUCAAUAUGGAUGAUGGCAAGAGCAUCGGGAUCAUUGGUAUGGGGGAUAUGGGGAAGAUGUACGCCCGGCGGUUGAGCGAUGCGGGCUGGAAAGUAAACGCAUGUGAUCUUCCAGAGAAGUACGACGCUUUGGUCGAGGAAUUUCGGGGAAGACCGAAAGUUGAAAUUCUGCGAAGCGGUCACCUCGUCUCUAGGUGCAGCGACUAUAUCAUCUACAGCGUCGAGGCCAAGAACAUCGACUCUGUUGUCAAGGCGUUUGGUCCUUCGACGAAGCUUGGAGCCAUCGUCGGCGGUCAAACAUCCUGCAAAGCCCCAGAAAUCGCAGCAUUCGAGAAGCAUCUCCCCAGCGACGUCAGCAUCGUCUCAUGCCACUCCCUCCAUGGCCCCGGCGUGGAUCCGAGAGGGCAGCCCUUAGUCCUCAUCAAGCAUCGAGCCUCCGACGAAGCAUUCGCCUUCGUCGAGAAAGCCCUGUCAUGCCUCGGAUCCAAGCAUGUCUACCUCACCCGCGAGCAGCACGACCGCAUCACAGCAGACACACAAGCCGUGACCCAUGCCGCCUUCCUUAGCAUGGGCGCCGCCUGGAUGGCCAACAACCAGUUCCCCUGGGAAACACCGCGCUACAUCGGCGGCAUCGAGAACGUAAAGAUCAACAUCACGCUCCGCAUCUACGCGAACAAAUGGCACGUCUACGCUGGCCUCGCGAUUCUCAACCCCGACGCACAAAAACAGAUCAAACAGUACGCUGAAUCUGUAACCGAGCUGUACAAGCUCAUGCUCGCGGGGCACAAAGAAGAGCUGAGAGAAAGGAUCAUGAAGGCGAGGGAAGCCGUAUUUGGUGGCCGGAGGCAAAAGGGGGAAUUACUGCUCAGAGACGAGGUCCUGGAUCGGUUCAGCCUGGGCGAGAUCCCAGAGGAGAGACUCAAGAACAACCACCUAAGUCUUCUGGCGAUCGUGGACUGCUGGUGGAAACUCGGCAUCGUUCCCUACGACCACAUGAUCUGCUCUACGCCUCUCUUUCGCAUGUGGCUCGGCAUCACCGAGUACCUCUUCCGCAACGACACCCUCCUCGAAGACGCCAUCGAAACCGCCAUCAACGACAACACCUUCCGCGCCGACGACCUCGAAUUCACCUUCGCGGCGCGCGACUGGAGCUCCCGCGUCAGCCUGGGCCAUUUCGACGCCUAUCGCGAGAAGUUCGAGACGAUUCAGAAGUACUUUGAGCCUAGGUUCCCCGAGGCGACGAAGCUGGGGAAUGAGAUGAUUAGGACAAUUUUGGAGAAGACGAGGCAGGCAUAGUGAGAUGGUGGGGUGGUGAGAUUGAAACGUGCCAUUAGCUGGUGAUGUCUAGCCGUAAUUACUAGUAAGGUUGGGAAAAAGUGGCUUCCUUGCCUGCGUCUAUCCGUGUCGCAUCGCCGUCCAGGGAUAUAUAUAUAGUGUUACAAAAAAAGGUACAA